AUGUUGCGAUCAGGAAAUCCUAGAAAUCCACUUCCGCCUGCAUCAUCCACCGAAUCGGAUGAUUCAGAACACAGCCAUACCACCACCCAACGUCGAACUACCAAGACACGCCGACCUCGAGUUCCCAAAGCACGGAUCGGUCCCUCUGCAUCCUCUGCAUCUCAACCUAGACGUAACAACAAGCGACCUCGCCUCGCGGACGAAGACGAGGCCGAUAACGAUCACGAACACGACAAUCAGCCUCAAUCAAACAACCCCGACGACAUAACCCCCAACUUGUCAAAUUAUCGGCAGCUAGGUCUUCAAUGGGGACAAGUCUACGCUGACGAAAGACUUGCAAACCUCGGUGUCCCCAAAACCAAUCGGCCAUCGGCGAAAGGAGUGUUUGAAGCUCAGUGCCUCCAAAACCAAUACAACCUGCAUAAAACUAUGCUCUGCAUAGCUUUAAAAUGUAGCCGCAAGGUGAUGGAUGAAGUUUUCCACCAAAACCACCAGUACACUUUUUAUUUAUCUCAUUUUGCGGUAAUUGAUUUACACUCACUGACCAAUCCUUUCCAUUUGCCAUCGUCAGUGCCAGGCAAAGCUGUAUCCGACGGAUUUGCAGAACGGAACACCACAGUUGGUACUACUUGGUCUACAUACAACAAAGACGAACAAGCUGUUUUCACCCCGAGGCUCUUCGAACCUUUGUGUAUAGCGACUAGCGAGGCCUAUGCCCUCACCCAAACUCCACUAGGGAUCCCUGCAGCCCCUUCGCUCGAUGAAGAAGUACCUAACACGGCGACUUCAAGUAUACCAGCUCAAACAGGGCUUACUCCCCUCAGCAAGGAUGAGCUAGAACAAUACGUGCCAAUAUUCAAGCGCCUGGUUAACCUUCGCAAAGUAUCACUUGACCUCCACCUCCUGAAAAACCACUUCAACCUGCAUUUCCACCUUUUGCUAGGAUGUUGGACUCCUGGAUUACCUAUUAAGCGAGCGCUUUUCCAGGAGGAGUACAGCUCUUCUCCAAGGUGGGUCCGGAUGCAGCAAAAGACACAUCUCUUGGAAUGUUUCACUUUUGAAGCAACCAAGGCUCCAGAGCACCUUUGCCAGAAAAAAAACGAACCCAAGCCGAUAUCCGAGGCAGCUGCACGUCAAUCACGAUUACGAGCUGACCUUGCUCUUGAGCUCAACAAUCUGAUCGAUUUAGCUGAUUGCAAUAUUAAUAAAGCACCCUACCUACGUGGAGGCUAUACAGGGAAGGGUGAUGCGCAUCCCAAAAUUUCCAACUUGCAAGAAGCUUUCAAGAAGAAAGAAUUUCGUGGUGAAGUAUACCUCACCUUCAAGCGUGCGGACGAUAGCCAAGUCUCCGAUCUGAUGCUGGAGAAAGGCCCCAGCUCUUUGACAAACAAUGAAGUCAAACUAUGGCUUGAGGAUAUCAAAUCAAAGAAAUACACUAUUGUUACAGUCGAUAAACCAUCAAAGAAAAGAAAGAAACAAAUCUCAGCCCCCCCUGCAAAUAGUCAUGUUGAACACUCACCCAAAAACAAUGCAAGUCCAGACUCGCUUGAUUCCAAUUUGGACAACAUACAAGACAACCAAAAAGAGAAUCAAGAAGUAUUAAAUAGCUUGAUUCCUAGUUCACCACUCCCUGCAUUAGAAGUGUAG